UACUAGUACCACCUUGCUUGGUGGGGGAAUAGGACCAGGAACAGGUAGGUGUUGGAAACUAAAAAUGGAUGCUGUAGAUGCAAACCAUUCCUUGGAGGUUUUUGUCUCUACUGAACCACAAUGGAUUUGAGUAAUCGGGAGCGAAAAUGGGCCUCCAACAUCAAGGCUGCCGCACAAGCGGCCGAGGACAUUGAUACUUCCAUGAUACCUGACAUGGACUUUGCCCUUUACGCCUUUGUAGACCACAACAAUGUAGCACAAGCCCUGGAUAGAAUACGGGGAAUCCAAACAUUCCGUGAACUGUAUCAGCUGGAUGACUCUGUGGACCAAGCAAUCGAGAUCCUGAGAGCAUUCGUCAAGAAACAGCCAGGCCACUGCCUGGAUAUUGAUACCUCCCCCGACACCCAAGAAGGGAUAAUCAUUCUAGAUCUGGCCUCCUUUCAGGUGGACCGCGUAUUUGCGUCUUCCCCAGCCGACUGCGCCCGUACAUCUAGAAACUGGGAGAUUCAUGUGGUAGCGAUCUACUAUUUGAUGAGGGCUUUGCAGCCGUGCCUCGAGUCCGCAAGAGAGGGGACAUACAUGAUUCUGGAAUGCGAGGGGUUUCAAGCAGCCAGUCAAUUGGCUCGGUUUGCGAUUUGUCUAAACGAUGAGCUUUGUGCCCACUUUGCCUACUUCUUCAAAAAGAUACAAUGCUACCAUACAGGAUGCUUUGCCAACUUGUUUUUCAGCAUGCUCAAGUCAGUGACACGCAACAAGGACUGGGAUUUGCUCCAACUGGGAUGCAGGAUAGAGGAUGAGUUUGACAGUGUCAACGUUGCCGCCACAACCCACACUUUGAGAGAACUCUAUCUUCAACCCUCUGUCGAGGAAGCACACAAGCACUUCCUGAAGCGAGUGGGGGAGUUGCUCGCCCAAAGGAGAUCGAAUGCCCUGGCAUUCCGAUUAUGAAAGAAUGGGCUGCUGGAAAGCGGUCGCUCUUUGUGUAUGGGCGUACUAGUCAGCACAUGAGAUUCCAUUCUUUUCUCCAGGCAUAGACGGUGCGGUCGCCACCUGACCAAGCUUGUGGGGAAGUGAACACCAGCUAAUGAUUUGGUUUGUGCCCGUAGGGUGCAUUGUUCAGGGCAUACCUUUCUUCACCGGCGGCAUGCACGCCACCGAAGCAGCAGCAUCACAAUUCACCGAUCGAACCAUCCCGGAAAAAGAAAGUGGCCGCAAUGUCAGGUGUCAGGCACCAUUCGAAUGCAAGAGCCCAGUUCGCGGCAAUACCGCUAGUAGUGGCACGGACACGGGGCAGAGAAGAGGCCCCCGAAGCACAGAAGAUGGAUCGAUCUGAUGCAAGAGUCAUGAGCCCGGGGGUAGUGUCAACCCCUUCAACGGCAAUCCCCAAAGCAUAAAGAACGCAAACAUCUUAUUUCAGGCAGUUGAGAACGUCACGAUGCAUGACUUCGUUUUUAUAGAGUAAAACUCGAUCAAACUACAAAGCAAAGGGAGAUCAUAACAUUGACACGACAUAUGGUAUCGCUGGCAGCUGCCCUAAGGAAUGUGCCCUGUCUCAACCCAAUCUAUAAUGCACUUGAUGUCAGUGUGUGUACUUGAGUGUUCUUACCAUGGACGACAAAACAGGGGAGCUGGUUUCCAACCAGCGAGAUGUCCGACUUAGGGUCCAUAGCUGUGUGUGGAAGCAGCCUUCGUCUGGCCAACCAGCCAGAUGUUCCUGACACUUCGCAACAAUGACACACAGGAGAGUAAUAAAUGGUAAAUGGAACGAUCCCCUUCUAGAAGCAAGCUACCAGGUACCGGUAGCUAGAGGCAUUGCACAUAAGGCAGACUAUUUAUUAUUUUCAAACUAGUUUGGGAAAGAGCAAAAACGGUCC